UCAUUAUUCACAAAAUAUUUUAGUAAUUAUAAUCUAAGAAGAAAAUUGACUAUUGCUCUUCCAAAACCGAAGACUGAUUUUCUAAAGAAAUCAAUCUCGUAUCAAGCAGCAGUGUUAUGGAAUUCCCUAGAUAACAAUACAAGAGCAAUAGAGGACAUUAAAAGGUUUAAACUAGUAAUUAAGAACCUGUUAUCAUAAGUGAUAUAGCAUUUGUAAGAUAUUAUUAUUGUAGAACAGGAUAUUAUAGUGUAAUGUACUGUUAUAGUGACAGUUAAAUAGAACAGUUUGUGUACAGAUAUGUUAACUAUGUAAAUGCACGACCACAUCAGCUAUGCUGUGAAUUUAAUCGUGUUGAAAUAAAUGCUUCUACUACUACUGCUACUACUACUACUAAAUACAACCAAAAGACAUUGUUUAUUUCAAUUAAUUAAGCUUCAUUUCUUUUUAAAUCUUCACUUAAUUUAUUGAUUUAUUUCGCUUUAUAACUCAUAAUUAAUCUAUAUCUCAGGUGAUGUUGAUCUGCAUGUCCAGAAGAGGUUACUUUAUUGGGGUAACCUCAGCAGCCAAAUCAAAGAGAUGUUAAAUCUCCAAGGGAUGAUGAGCAUGAUGAUAUUGCUGUCUCUUUGGCAUCCGAGUUAAAGCAAAAACUGAUCAUUUUGGUAUGUUAUGUUAUAUGUAAAAAAUUAAUUUUAAAGCGUUGUGAUAUAUUAACAUUUAACAAUUUUCUUAACAUUUUGUAGUUUCUUUUUAACUAGGUUGGAACUACAUGGAUCGCACUGGUAAUGCGUGAUGGAAUUUCUCAGCAAGACGAAGGGGAUGCUAUUGAUGUAUUUGAUUUACAGGUUUGGUUUGUUUGUAUUGUAUUACUUUAACAUAACAGCAUGUUUAAUCCAUUUGAUAUCAGUUCUGUUAUUUUCUGUUCAAGGUAAAUAUAGGUUUGAACCUGUUUUCUACUUCACUUCAUACUUUAACCGUAUGUAGUAUAGCGAAAUGUGGAGACCGUGAUGUACUGUACAUCUUUGUUUUGAGAAUAAAAAGCUGAUCCAAAGAAAUAUAUGCUACGUUUCGCUUAGACUAUAUGACAUAGUAUAUGUACUUGUUACGUUUCACUACGAAGUGGAAAACAGGCCUACAUGUAAGUUGCCAGUGUUUGUUGCAUCACUACUGCAUGGGCAUUGUGUUCAUAUUUUGAAAUAUACUGUAAGUUGUGUAUUAUUUAUAUUCCAGUGCAAAGAAUGGGGACUGCAACUGUGUGAGUCAUUUGGUCCACUAGUUGGAACAGGAGACUACAGGCACCUGGUUAUCGAACAUCCUUCCAUGUUAAUGCGAUCCUUUGGGUCGAUGAAGGAAUUUAGCAACCAGGGGUGCGAAAGCUUGCAUAAAGUGACCGUCGAUUGUACCAACAAGCUACCAAUCAUAACAUGACUUCCAAAGACUAUUCGAGUAUCUUAUUAAUUAAAUAAUAUAUUUUUGGAUCUGCAAUCCCACCAUUGCCAAUUAUUUCACUAAUCAUUUGUUAAAAUCAUAACCAACUGGAUGUUAACAUUUUACGAAAAUGAUAGGAGUUAAAAAUUAAGCAAUUUUUCUAUUUAAUCUUCAACACUAAUUUCAUCAUACAUUUUCUGGAAACCCAAAACAUUUUUCUAUAUUAUUUCUUACUGUGGAUUUUUUUUGUUUUUCAUUAAAGCAAAUUCUCACGCAUGUGUAUACAGACCGGUUGCUAUCAAUCCGGUUAGCACUACGAAAGGCGCAGGAAUGCAUCACGUCAGGUAGAUAGCAUAAAGUUCAUUGUAAUCAAAUUUUGCACAUUUGAAUGACUUGACUACAUGUAUUUGUGGGUUUAAAAAUCAAUCUAAAAAUAUAGCCUUGCAAAUAAAAUAGGUAAUAUUAGGAAAGCUCAAAAUAAAAUUUGGUUACAUACUUACAUUUAAUAGGACGUGAAUUCUAUUUUGGAGGCUGUGGUUGGAAACCAAAGAAGUUGUGCUUUUCGGCAGAUGAGUUCACAUGGUUAACAAGAAUUUGUGGUUUGUUUGAUAUGCUAUUUGGCCCUGAUCGGUAUGAGUUUAAGACAUCUAAUAAAUGCUUGAUAAUUCCAAAGCACUGUCGACCAAAGAUUGCUUACGACCAUGGUCAUUGGGAGGACCAAUACAAAGCAACAAAUGACAUGGAAUGUAAUCAGUCAUCAUUGAGAUGCAGUCUCAUGGAUCGAUACGAGAAGACAGUGGUUGAAACGCCUAUACUGCAACCAAGACCUGCAGUUCCGGUAUGGGGCAGAACCGCUUCCUUGGAUGAGAACAUCAUCAUCAAACUUAUUAAUACUUGCCCGAUAGAUAACUACCUCACCAUAUUUUAUUUGUAUUUACGAAGCCAUCCAGCGGUAUUGAACAAUUUGAUAGAAUAUGCAUUGCCCCCUGUGAAACCUACGCUAAAUGUUUAUCAGAAGUUGUGUCAUCUUUUGCUGAUGAAGUGUACACUGCUGGAAAGCUUCAAUGGUUAA